AUGCCCACAAUCUGCGAGUCUUCGUGUGGCUGCCGCCAGGGCCCCAAUGUGGAGCAGGGCAAAUGGUAUGGGGUGCGCUCCUACCUCCAUCUUUUCUAUGAGGAUUGCACCGGCGCUAGCCUGGAAGAUGACGUUCAUGCGCCCACAGCAUCUCCAGCCAGCAGUGGAUGGGCCUCUGUCCUCUGGAAGGUGACUCUCUCCGCUGGGACCCUGCUGUUGCUCACCGGAGCAUUGGCUUUGGCCACGGGGUACCUCCUUCACCCCAAGCUGGAAGGAAUUGGCGAAGCAGAGUUCGUGGUGCUUGAUCAACAGGCUGUAGAAUACAACCAUGCCCUGGGGAUUUGCAGAGCGGUCGGCAUCGUGCUGUGUGCCAUGGCUGGGGCUCUCCUAGUCGCCUGCGUCCUGUCCUCUGGCCUGUGCAGAAUAAACAGAGACGACAAAGACACGGAAGAGCAGCUGUCCCCCAUCUUGCAGCAGAGCCCUCCUGGGCAGCAGGGCACCAUUGUCACAGCAGCAGCGCUCGUGCCCUUCAGAGCCCUGAAGGUGCAGAGUGUCCAGCCAAAGAGAGAUCCGUAA